GGAGUCAAUUCUCACCUCUGGGUGGUGAUGGAAUACAUGUCUGGAGGCUCUCUGGCUGGCCUCGUUCAUAAUGUGCGUAUGCAUGAAAGACAGAUAGCAGCUGUCUGCAGGGAGUGCCUGCAAGGCCUGGCUUUCCUUCACUCAAACCAAGUGAUCCACAGAGACAUCAAAAGUGACAAUAUCCUCCUUGGAAUGGAUGGAUCUGUCAAGCUGGCUGAUUUUGGCUUGUCUACUCAUACCACCCCUAAGAAGAGUAGGAGGACAUCAAUGGUCGGGACUCCUUACUGGAUGGCACCGGAAGUGGCAAGAGAAGAACCAUACGGCCCUAAAGUGGACAUCUGGUCACUUGGCAUCACGGCAAUAGAAAUGGUGGAAGGAGAACCUCCUUACUUUGACCAACGUCCUCACAAGGCGAUAAAACUGAUAGCCCAGAACAGAACACCAAAGCUGAAGAACCCCGGGAAACAUUCCCUGCUGUUGUGUGACUUUCUGAACUGCUGCCUGGAGGUGGAUGAGAACAGGCGAUGGUCAGCUGAGCAGCUUCUGGAGCAUCCAUUUUUACAAUCAGCCAAGUCGCUCUCCAGUCUGACUCCUCUCAUCAUGGCGGCAAAGCAACUGAAUGAGAAGAGGAGGAGACACUAG